ACACUGGUUGUGCGUCAUUUUCAGAAACGCCGCGAAUAUUUUGCCAUUGAAAUCUAGCUUAGCACUGGAAUUUCGCAACGCACAAUAAAAAAGCAAACAGCAGACAUGUCGGGCACCUCGCAGAAAUACAGGAACUUUGUGGCGGAGCCCAUGGGCAAUAAGUCGGUGACGGAACUGGCCGGCAUCGGGGAAACCCUUGGUGGACGCUUGACGGACGCUGGAUUCGACAAGGCCUACACUGUGCUGGGACAGUACCUGGUGCUGAAGAAGGACGAAGAGCUCUUCAAGGACUGGAUGAAGGAGGUGUGCCACGCGAGCUCCAAGCAGGCAUCCGAUUGCUACAACUGCCUCAACGAUUGGUGCGAGGAGUUCUUGUAAGAUGGGCAAAGAUUGAAGCGUCGGCACACUCGAGUAUUUCGAUCAAAGGGAAUCUGCUAAAGGCAUCGGUCAAUCAAGUCAAGAAAGUGGCCGCAAUACUAGCUAAGCAUUUGCCGUGUUCAUGUUCAUAACACUGUUAGUAUGUAGCUGUAAGGUGUAAUUUAAUGUCUAACCCGAAUAAAUGUACAGUCAUGGGAA